AUGAUCAAAUUUUAUAUAUUUUUUUGGAUCAAAUAUGACGAUAAAGAAAUUCCUGGAAAACUCUAUGAAAACAGAGAAGAACUUGGCAAAUAUGUCGCAUUUAUAGAACAAUCAUCAGGUAAAUACGAAAUUAUCAAGAAAUUAACAGAAAUAUUCUCUAAAGAAUGUGUUUUAAACGAUCCAGCGCUUGACCACAAAGAGAAAUACACCAAUAUAUUCUUUAAAUACGGAAAAUUUAUCAUGGAAAGUUUUCUGAAACAAAUAAUUCAAAAAUUUUUCUUUCACGGAGAUUUAACAAAUUUUAUUUCAUUUCUUCGUUGCAUAUCUAUCGAUGUGCUUCCACAAGCUAAAAUCAUUCUUAAAAUUACAGAUAAGUGCCUCAAAAUUUUAUCAAAUGGUAAGAAUUCUAAAGAAUACAUAGAUUUGGUUGAGACACUUAAAAAAGAUCUUAAUCAGUUCAUAAACACUCAAGAAUCAAUGAAGAAAUCUCUCAGAGAUUUCGAAAUUUUACCUACAGAAGAAGAUCUUAAAAACGAGAACCCAAACAUCACAAAUAUUGCUAGUGAAGGAUUUACAUCUAUCGAGAAGUUCGGAGAUUGCUUCAUUGGUCUUGAGAAACUCAACUUCAGUUUAUCCAUCAAAAGAUCACUGAAAAAACUCUCAGAAGGAAAAUUAGAUUUCCGUGACAUUUUUAUUUACCACAAUGUCCGAACUGUGUCAUUUAAACCUGAAAUUAAGACCUCUAUACAAAACCACGAACUCUUCCUCCAUUUUGAAGUGUUUUGCUGCAGCAACUGGAACUCAGUUCCAAUCAACCUCCACCACACGAAGAGGCUGACGAACCAAAGUUUGCUGUUUCUGUCGUUGGACAAGAAUUUCAACAAAAUUGACGCAAUCUGCUAUUCACAAAUGCCGAGCAAGAUACACAAGAACUCUACUGAUGAGUUUAUUUAUAUGUUCAAGCAUUCUGUUGUUCCUGUUUCUCUUUUAAAAGGAGAAAUUCUCCCUGGAAAAAACUAUUUCAUGGUUGAAUCAAUUAAUUCAUGGAUUCCAUCAGAAAUUAGAAUGAAAUCAAUCAAGAACAUGCAUGAAAAAUGUUAUGGAGAUGUAUUGAAAGCAAUCGCCACAAACAAUAUCAAGAAUAUCAAUAUGUGGCGAGAUAUAGAAUAUUUCAGAUUUAAUCCUCUAAAUAUUCUCAAAAAAGAAUAUCGUGAAAAAAGCGGUUUCUCAGAAAACGAUGAAAUCUACACUCAAAAUUUCAAUGCCUUUGAAAUUUGUAAGAAUUUAGACAUCAAAGGAUUAACAUCAGACCAAAUCAUUGACAGAUAUUUUACUGUUGAUCAUGAACAGAUCAAGCCACUCAUUAAUUUCUUCAGCAGCAAAUUGACUUUUGUAAGUGGAUGUGCAGGAUCAGGAAAGACUUAUCUUGCAGUGAAGAGUGUUUUCCUUUAUGUCUUAUCUCACAGAGAUUCUCCAAUUUUGAUUGUCACUCAGAAGAAACACGCAGCGGAUGAAAUUUCCAAGAGUUUAUUAAAAAUCAUUCCAAAAGAAAAAAUCUUGAGACAUGCUGCAAUCAGCAAUAAAAUUGAUGAUGAUAUCCAAUCUAUUUCAUUCAAAAAUGAAUUACUCUCUGAAUCAAGUUACAAUUCUGCUUACAAAUCAUUGAAAGCAUCACUUAACAACGCUUUAGAAUCAAUCCAAGAGUUCAACAAUAUCAUUCCUAAAGUGUAUGAUCUCGCUCUACUUCUAAAGCAGACAAUUAUUAAUGAAAACAAUGAUUAUGAUUUGAUUUGUCAGAAAUUCCUUGUAAUCAAAAAGUUCAUUGAUUUUUCAAGAUACAGAACUUUCUUCACAGGAAACACUUCAUUUAGAUUCGAAGAUAGAAUAACAGAUGAAGAGUAUGUGAGAUUCUGGUUUGAUGAGAAUUUUUAUAAGCUCAAAAUGGAAGAACUCACAAACAAAGGUUACAAAAUCAAAUUUGAUACAAAUGAUGAGGAAUUCAAUUAUUUUCCAAGGGAAGGAGAAGUUUAUCCUGACUCUCUAAUAACAAAAGAACAUCCGGAAUCAAAUUGCAGAGAUAAGAUUCAAUACACUGAUACAGACAUCCACGAAUUGCGCGACAAUGAUAGUUCCGAUGAUGAAGAUGAAAACAUCGAAAUUCACUUGGAAGAAAACAAUGAAGAACUUUCAAUUGACGAAACAUUUGAUGGUGAAAUCAAAACAAAUUUGAAUUCUGACGAAAGAAUGGUACACCUCAACCUGUUCUUGAAAGGAAUCUUCUAUAACAAGAACUUAAAACCGUUUGAACAAAUGUACUUGUUUGUUAGAUAUGCAUUGUUAAACUUGAUCGAUUGGAGAAAUGAUUACAAAGUGACAAUCGAUACAAGAUCAAAAGAAAUUGAGCAGAAAUUGAUUGAUAUCCUAUCAGACAUCUAUAAGAAACACAAAGUUAUCAUAAUGACAGCAUCAUACGCUUCCAGAUACAAAGAAGCGCUUGAGAAAUCCGACAUUUCUCACAUGAUAAUCGAAGAAGCAGGCGAAUUGACUGAGGCAGCAACAAUAUCAAUCAUUCCAAGAAAAGUAACAAAUUUAAUGAUGAUUGGUGAUUACAAACAGCUGAGACCUGCAGUUGAAUUUGAGCUUGAACAGAAGCAGUGCAAAGCCUAUUCUUUUGAUGUUUCAACAUUCGAGAGAUUAGUUCUGAAAGCACAAGAGAUUAAUUCACCUGAUUUAUUCUUUUUGAACAUCCAGAGAAGAAUGCACCAAGAAAUAUCAUUGCCAAUAAAAGAAAUCCUAUGCAAUGAGAUGAACAAUGACUUAGAAAACAGCUCAUUGGAUGGAUAUAAAAUAGAAAACAGGAUUUCUUUCUUUUGCCAUGAUUUCAAUGAUAAAAGUGCUCGAGAAACAAGAUCCAAAACAAAUGACGGUGAAGCGAUUUUGGCUGUUUACUGCGCAUUCUUUUUCUUGUACAGAGGAUUCAAUGGAGAUCAAAUCACCAUCUUGACAUACUACAAAGGCCAAGAAGAUUUGAUCAAACAGAAAAUCAAACAAGUUUGGGAAACCAAAAAGAACAAUCAGGAAUUUUCUGUUUUCGAUCCUUUCUUGAGAUACGAAGAUGGAGAAGAAAUCAACACACCAAACAUUGUUGUGAAAUGUGUGGAUAAUUUCCAAGGAGAAGAAAACGAAGUCAUAAUUCUUUCUCUUACGAAAUCUUCAUCCAACUCUUUCAUUGAGAACAAAUCGAGAAUUUAUGUUUCUCUCUCAAGAGCAAGAAGUUAUUUGGUCGUUUUAGGAAACAAUGAUUUGUUUGAUGAAACUAAAACGAAACAGAAAACAUGGCCAGAAAUUUACAAAUUCCUCAACGCGAAAUACAAUGAUUUUGGAAAAGGAAUUGCUGUAAAAUACUUGUUGGAUUCGAAUGAAACUCUUUUGUUAUCGAAAUUCGACGAUUUGUGGAAAUACAAAUUUGAUAUCGAAAGCAAAGACUAUAAAUGCAAAGAGAAACUAUCUUGCGGUCACGAUUGUCCACUUAAAGUAGGACACUCCAUUUUAGCACACAACAAAAUCAUUUGUUGCGAAACAUGUUUGCAUCAAUGCGAAUUUUGUGGCGCUAGAUGCAAAGAGAAAUGUCACGGCUGUCAGCAUAUUUGCCACAAUAUGUUGGAAUAUGAUCAACUACCAUGCGGACAUGUGAACUCAUUUGAGUGCAACAUGAUUCAUUACCACAAAGAACUGUUGUAUUGCAAAUUACCAUGUGGAAUCAACUGCGCAAAACACAACAAACCAUGCAGAUUGCCAUGUGGACAUAAUCAUCAUCAAAAUAAUGAUGAUAGUAAUACAUUUAUUCCAUGCCACUUUUGUGAUACUAUUGAUACAAAAACUUGUGAAUUUUGCAAUAAUGAAGUUCGUGCAAUAUGUGGUGAAGAUUUCAGAUGCAUGUCAAGAUGUCCAAUCAUUUUAGAAUGCGGGCACCAGUGCUCAGGAAAAUGCUACGAAUGUCGAAUGCACGGACAUCCACCAUGCAAUGAAAAAUGCGGAUUUGAAUAUCCUUGCGGUCACAAGUGCAUGCUGCUCUGUGUUGACAGGAAAGAUCAUGACCACGAAAAAUGCCCAGUAUGUGAAAAUGAAAAGGAAAAUGCCAUGAAAUUCAAAGAAAUUGAACCUCCAAAUAAAACUCAAAACAACACAAAUAAGCUGGUUUUCAGCAAUGCAGAAGAAGAGUUCCCUUCAUUGGACAAAAUAGAUCAAUAUCUAAAGAAAAAGAAAUCACAAAAGAAUGUAACAAUUCCAGUCAAAACAGAACAAAAAGAUGAAGUCAAAAAUGAUCAGAAAAGUGACCCAAAGAAUCAAUUCAUGCCAUACAUUCCGAAUAAUGAUAUUACUAAAACAGAAACUCAUAUUGACAAAGAAGUUUCUGACAAAUCGCAAAAAAUGAAUCCAAUUCCAGUAGAACAAUUUGUUUCGAUUGAACAACCAAAGAAGGAAGAAACACCAAAAGAAAUUCCACCAAACACGAAUGAGGAAAUUCCAAUGAAUUUCGUUAAUUUUUCUGAGUUGAAAGAAUGUCCAAACAAAUGUCCGAAAUGUGCAGCAAAAUGCAUUUGCCCUGAAGGAGAAAUUUGCGUUUUUAAUUGCGAACACAACAGGACUAGAGCAAAACCACAAGAACUCCAUAAAAAUGAGUUUUAUUUCUGUUUCAAGACAUGCAAUCAUUUCUUCAAAUUGAAGAAGAUCGAAAAGGAUCUUGAGGCCCACAUGAAGAGGGUGACAAACAAAGAUUGGAAAGAAGGCGAAAAGGUUCAUCAUUUCGAAGAAUUCAAGUGUCCAAACAAAAAGUGCUCGGAUGGGAAAAUUUCGGAAAAUUCUAUAGUUUUCCAGGGUUACAACGAGCUUCUCAAGAAAUAUUCUGAUUUUAAAGAGAAAUUAGAAGGAAAAAAGCAAACUGACUCUUCAGUUCCUCCUUAUAUAUGCCCAGGAUGCCACCAAUUUCGUGCUGCCAAGAGAUGCAUCAAAUGCAGGAAGAGCUAUGAAUUUGAUUGA